AUGGCUCACGGGACCAAGGUGUCGGCGGCGGAGGCCGCCGUCGACGAGCCCCAGCAAGAAUGCUGGUCCGGGAUCCCUUCACCGCCGCCGCCGUGCUUGAUGGUGCCCUGUUGCUGGCGAUCAUGCGAGACCUCACAGUGUUGCCGACAAGUGGGCAAAUGUGGGCCUCAGCGCAUGCUGAUGAAGCGCGGCGUUUUGACCCUCGUGGCGUCGCUGCUGUCCCUGAUUGGUCUGAUCUUCCUUUGCUUGGCGUGCGGUGCAAUCUCCAACGACAAAGGUACCCUUGAACACUUGCAUUGGGGUCGCGCAGAUGCACACCUUGGUCCCCUGGAGAUCGAGACGUACAUGGGUCUCAACUCCCUUCUCAUCAAGUCCAACGUGAAUAACCUCAGUGGUGUCUAUGAUUACGACUCCAUCAACUGUCUCUACGGGCAAACCACGUGCGAAAAAUGCAAGGAUCAAGCCAAAGCCUCAGUCACCACAAUCAUCAUGGCGACCGUGACACAGGUCCCUCAGCUGUUGACGGAUAUCCAGCGUUCGACCGUGGGCGGCGAUCUCAACUGCCAAAAGUUCAUGGGCAUGGCCACCGGCAUUUUUGGCUUUGUUGUAACCAUGAUUGCCAUCCAGACCUUUAAUCUAGAAUGCUUUGAGGAGAUCCCGAGCGCCAUCCUGGUCAACGUGAAUGACGAGACAGUGGUUAUUGAAAUGGACUCGGCUUAUGGACCCGGCUUUAUCCUGCUUCUCGUGGCCACUGUCUUAAAGAUUGCAGACGUGAUUGUCCACGCGCUUCUCCCAACCCCCCAGCACAAAACGGCGCCACCCUACAGUGAAUGGCCCACUGGCCAACUCAAACCUCCAAAGAAAGAUCAAGUGGAAUCAAUUACCAUGGAGCCCAAGAGCAUGAGCAUAUCCGUUUGUGCAGUGUGA